ACAACCGACCGCAUUAGUGCAACUGCCAAUCUCCACCAAUCUCCGAUCAUUCUAUUGUAAAAUAUUACAAAAUACGCGUUUCUAUACCACAGAAUAGUGGCACCUGUUGCACGGUGAGAAAAAAAAAGAGCAGCAUUAUUAUUUCGUUGGUAUUGGCAUCGCUACAAGGUGUUGGAUCUCUAUCGCAAAGCAAUCUGUCGCGCGAUAAGAGACUAUAGGAGAACUAGAAGCUCUGAAUUGCCAGGGCAAGCAAUUAAUUGCUCACCCACCAUCCCAGCCCGCGAAGCACCUGACAUCAGUUGUCGAUUUGAUGUGGCUGUGACAGGUCUUGUUGAGCAGUUUUGCACCUCCUCCCGUGACUUGGUCAAUCGCGUUUAUGUGGCACCAGACGGGUUUCUUUUGCAUGGAUAAAUUGGCCAAGGGGCACAUUGUGAAACACCUCAGAGCUUUCCUCACCAGUUCAGAAUUCUUUGACAACUUCCUCAACCGCCAUGGCCAAAUCAUAUGAAGUGAACAGUGUUAAAUCUGGCAAUGGAAAAACACAAUCACAAAACACUGGGGAUGCCAAUGCAAAGACCCCAGCAGCGACGUCUUCGGGAGAAGAAUUGAAUCGUGGCAACUGGGGUAGACCCCUCGAAUUCACCCUUGCGUGCAUUGGGUAUGCCGUUGGCCUGGGAAAUGUUUGGCGGUUUCCACAUCUAGUUUUUCGCAAUGGUGGCGGUGCCUUUCUAAUCCCUUUCGUACUUAUGGUGCUCAUCAUUGGACUGCCAAUCUUCUUCUCUGAACUCUUUAUCGGUCAGUACAGUGGAUUGGGUCCCAAUAAGGCCUAUGGACGUAUGGCUCCUUUCUUUGAAGGACUUGGAAUGUGCACAACGAUUGUCAUUACAUUCGUAACAAUCUACUACAUGGUGAUCGUAGCAUGGAUCCUUUUCUACCUGUUUGCAUCCUUUACGUCUGAUCUCAGUUGGGGUCACUGCAAUCAUGACUACAACACCCACAGAUGCUUCAGUAGCCUUGAAGAUAUAGUCUGUAAGCAGAAUAACACCAACGCUCCUACGGAUUUAAUUUAUUGGAACAGAACGUGUACGGAAAUUGAUUCAAUCUGCCAGGAUUAUGGUUUUAUGGGGAAGAAUGGAAGUUUCUGCUUUGACAAUGAAACCAAUGUGGAAGUUCCAAUUCGGAAUGUAAUUCAUCGUGUUCUUGCAUCGGAAGAGUACUACAAUGAAUACGUUUUGGGCAUUGGAGAUGCAACCUGGUCAAAUUGGGGAUAUCCGCGUUGGCAGUUGGUACUAUGCUUACUUCUAGCGUGGAUUGUUGCCUUUUUCUGCAUCAUCAAGGGCAUUCAAUCAGCUGGGAAAGUGGUCUACUUCACAGCCCUCUUCCCCUAUGUCACCCUAACAGCCCUACUAAUCCGCGGAGCUACUUUAGAGGGUGCAAUUGAUGGGGUUAUCUUCUACAUCCAACCCGAUUGGAAUAGACUCCUUUCACCGGAUGUUUGGGCCGAUGCUGCAUCACAAACCUUCUACAGCUUUGGCAUUGCAUGUGGUUCCUUGGUAACCUUUGCGUCCUACAACAAAUUUAAGAAUAAUUGCCACACUGAUGCGAUACUCGUGUCAACGACGAAUGUAUUGACGGCCGUUUUUGCUGGAUUUGCGAUAUUCUCCAUUCUCGGAUUUAUGGCCCAUAACAUGGAUGUGUCCGUUUCAACAGUGGCCACGGAAGGUCCCGGCCUUGCCUUCAUAGCCUAUCCGGAGGCUGUCCUCAUGAUGCCCCUACCACAACUCUGGGCCGUCUGCUUCUUCCUCAUGAUGUUCAUCCUCGGAAUGGGAAGUCAAUUUGGUGGAAUUGAAGCCAUUAAUACAGCCAUCAUCGACCGCUGGCCACAUUUGCGAAAACACAAAUGGCGAGUAACUGCAGGAACUUGUCUCUUCUGCUUCGUAGCCGCCCUUCCGAUGGUCUGCAAUGGUGGUGUCUACAUGUUUACCCUGAUGGAGUGGCAUACAGCAAGUUGGGCCAUCCUCUUGCUUGGUUUUGCUGAGAUUGUCAUAAUUUCCUGGGUUUAUGGCAUCGACAGAGCCUUCAGCAAUCUCACUGACAUGGGCAUCAAGUUCAAUCGGGUCAUGAGGGGCUACUGGUGGGUUGUUUGGACCAUCGUGACGCCCAUUGGAUCCAUUGGUAUUUUCAUCUUCACGAUGACGGACAUAAAAGGUACAGAGUACCGGGAUUACGUGUUUCCCGUCUGGGCGGAUGUCAUGGGAUGGAUGUUCGGAAGUGCCACCCUUCUGCCCUUUCCCAUCUACAUUGUCUUCCGCUAUUUGCAAGAUAAAUUGACGCUGAAGGAAUUUUUCCAGCCAUCACGUAAAUGGGGACCGCAAGAGACGACAUCGCUGCAGGAUGAACGAAGGGCUUCAUCACUGUCAUCGAUGUCAGCAAUUUUGAAGACAAACGGAAUUGGUGCGUCGGAAUUCAUUUGACCAUCGUUCACAACUUACACGAAAAAAACAUCCCUUUUGUCCACCCCCGAUAAUGUGAAAUUCCACACGAAAAUCUUCCUUUUGGGGUAGCUUCAAUUCGCAACACGGCAUCGCAGCAGUUGUUGAUCUAAUAAAUUUAGUUGCAAAAGCCAAGAAUAUACCACAAAAAAAUAGACUGAAGUAUAAUGCUGCAGGAAAUGAUGAA